AUGGUGCUGGACUCGCAGCAAUCGAGCUUCUCGGAUGACGCGCCACCUUCGGAUAGCGAUUCAUACUUCUCAGGUUCGGAGUAUGCAGAAGGAGGCAAGCGUUCUCGAUUUGCGAAAUAUCCCACAAGAGUUGAAUUGCCGCCGUUCAGUCUCACCAAACGGUUAUUUUACUGGACGGAGAGCAACUACCAACGAAACAUUAGCCGCCUAGUCGAAGAUCGCCUAGAAAUUGCCCGCGUGCUCCUGAAUCGGUUCCCAACCCAAGAAGAGACGGAUGCGUUAAUUUCACAGGCUUCGUUUUCGCAGAAUAUGCCUAAUUAUGGAGGAGUUAUAGGGCUGGCUGCGGGUUCGUUUAUUGCAAAAUCAAAAAAUGCUGCAGCUGAGAGCGCGGCCAGCAAGGCGGCCAGCGAACAAUUUACCCCAAAUCGACCUCUCUUCAAACUGAACCCUGGUGCGCUGAAGGGCAGACUCAUAAGGGCAUCAUUUAUAUUACCGAUAUUCGCAAUUAUUGGCGCCGGCCUUGGUGAAGUCAUUGGUGAAGCAUACAGCAAAGUCAUACUAGUCACAGAUUCCAGGUUAGCUCGUUUUAGAGAUGACCUUUCACGUGCAGACCGGCGGGAGGUUGAAGCUCGUAUUAAGCAAUACCAAGCAGAGAAAUUAGCAGCAGCUCAUCGCCGACACAACAAUGCACCUUCUGGCGGCUCCCGGCCUCAACGAGCAGAAUAUUAUCCUGCCAAUGAUACCAGCCCUACAAGCAACUACGAUCAGCAAGGAGUCGCUGAAUCGUCAUAUUACCAAAGCCAGCCCGACGCACAGGCUGGAUAUAGCGACCAAUCAGCCAUGGGAGAUUCGAAAAUCUUAAGAGAGACCUUUCGACAACAGGGAGAAAACACAGGCUACUCGUCAUCAUCUUCAUCCUCUGAUACAAGUGAUUAUUCAGGGGAUUGGAGACAACCACAAAGAUACCCUCCCACUCGUGACACCACCACUCCUAGCACAGAGGGGAAGAGUUUCUGGGACGAUGACGCAAGCCCUGUCAGCUCAGAAUUCACAUCUAGUUCCGCUGGCUCAUCAUCACCCACUGCUUCACCCUCCGGAAGUGCCUGGGCGCGUAUCCGCCAGCAAUCUCUAGGAGACUCUUCCGCAAACGAUGGGGGUUACAACGAUUCACCGUCGGGAUGGUCGAGACGCUAG